AGAGUGCAUCGAAUUUUAUAUCAUGGGUAAUAAAUUAGUAACUUUUACGGAAGAGCAACUCGAAAAAUACCAGGAUUGCACGUAUUUCACAAGGAAGGAUAUUUUAAGGGCGUUUAAACGUUACCGUGAUGUAAAUCCAGAAGUUGUACCAAAACAAAUGACUGAUAAGGAACCAUAUACAAUUCGUGUACCUUUAGAAAGUAUGGAAAAACUACCUGAGUUACAUGAAAACCCGUUUCGUAAACGUAUUUGUGAAGUAUUUUCACGAAAUGGUAGUGGUAAUUUAACAUUUGAAGAUUUUCUUGAUUUACUGUCAGCAUUCAGUGAGAAUGCGCCACGUGAUGUUAAAGUGUUUUAUGCUUUUAAAAUAUACGAUUUUGAUAACGAUGAUUAUAUCGGCUCCUCGGAUUUAGAACAAGCAUUAAAAUUAAUCACAAAACAGGAAUUAACACAAGAAGAACGUCAACAAAUUGCUGAAAAGGUAUUCGAAGAAAGUGAUGUUGAUGGAGAUGGGAAACUCUCAUUUAUGGAGUUUGAACAUGUUAUAACUCGUGCUCCGGAUUUCAUAUCAACAUUUCACAUUCGUAUUUAAAAUUCCAUUUACUUAGUAUGUAGUCUACAAACAGACCACUUUCUUUAUCACAAAAUUUACUCGCUUAAUUUAUUCAAAAUAUCCUCUAUGACCUUUAAUUCGAUUCGAAGUUGACUUAAAAAAUAGA